AUGAACUCACGUUUCGUAAAUUGGGUACGUUUUUGGAAGGACAGUGAAUACGCGCAGCAUUAUGAGAACGCUGAAAAUUCCGGUCGCAACACGAAAAAUGCGCACGACAGUAUCGCUCCGAACGAGCAAGGUGGUGUGAGCAAUUGUACUGAUACUAAUAUGCAUAGUGGUGCAACAGACAGCAUGAACAACGAAAACGAUGAAAUUUCUCGCGCGAGCGCAGAUUUCAGCGGAAACAAGAGCGAAGAUUUCAGCGGCGACAAGAGCGCAGAUCUCAAUGGCGACAAGGGAACAGAUUUCAACGGCGACAUGAGCACAGAUCUCAGUGGCGACGAGAGCUACGUGAGUGACGAAACUUCCCGCAUGGACGCGAGCGUAGAUUUCAACGGUGACAAGAGCCGUGUAAACAACGAAAUUUCCCGCAUGGACGCGAGCGUAGGUUUCAGCGGCGACAAGAGCGAAGAUUUCAACGGUGACAAGAGCCGUGUAAACAACGAAACUUCCCGCAUGGAUGCAAGCGUAGAUUUCAGCGGCGACAAGAGCGAAGAUUUCAACGGCGACAAGAGCCGUGCAAACAACGAAACUUCCCGCAUGGACGCGAGCGUAGAUUUCAGCGGCGACAAGAGAGAAGAUUUCAACGGCGACAAGAGCCAUGUAACCGACGAAACUGCUCGCAUUGACGCGAGUGCAGAUUUUAGCGGAGACAAGAGCGAAGAUUUCAGCGGUGAUAAGAGCUAUGUAAACGACGAAACUGCUCGCAUUGACGCGAGUGCAGAUUUCAGCGGAAACAAGAGCGAAGAUUUCAGCAGCGAUAAGAGCUAUGUAAACGACGAAACUGCUCGCAUUGACGCAAAUGCGGAUUUCAGUGGAGACAAGAGCGAAGAUUUCAGCGGCAAUAAAAGCGAAAAUUUCAGCGGCGACAAAAAUGUAAACGACGAAACUGCUCGCAUUGACGCGAGUGCAGAUUUCAGCGGAGACAAGAGCGAAGAUUUCAGCGGCGACAAGAGCUAUGUAAACGACGAAACUGCUCGCAUUGACGCGAGUGCAGAUUUCAGCGGAGACAAGAGCGAAAAUUUCAGCGGCGACAAGAGCUAUGUAAACUACGAAAAUGCUCGCAUUGACGCGAGUGCAGUUUUCAACGGAGACAAGAGCGAAGAUUUCAGCGGCGGCAAGAGUGCAGAUUUCAACAGCGACAUGAGCACAGAUCUCGGCGACGAUAAGAGCUAUGUAAAUAACGAAACUCCUCGCAUCGAUACAAGCGCAGAUUUCAGCGGCGGCAAGAGCGCAGAUCUCAAUGGCGAUAUGAGCGCAGAUCUCAGCGACGAUAAGGGCUAUGUAAAUAACGAAACUCCUCGCAUUGAUGCGCAUUGA